GGAGGAGGGAAAGGAAUGGAGGCGACGCAGACUGGCGGGGCAGCAGAGCUACACACGGACCCGGCGGACGUGCUCAGCAGCUGCGUAGGGAGUAGCCGCGCCGCGAAGGGGACCUAGUAGCUUAUCCGAGGUUUCGCUCACAUGCGGUUUCUGGAAUAGCACGCGGUGGCGACUCCCAGAGUGACUCUGCCCGCCGCAGUCUUGGAGCUCUUGCUUCUUAGCAGUCCCAGCUGCUGCCUCCGUCCUUGGACAUGCCGAUUAAAGAGAACCGGGCAGCGGAGCCUAACCUCAGCCAUGAGGGAGCGCUAGGCAAGGGGACGAUGCUGCUCUCUCGGCUGCUUGGCUUCUUCUGCGGGACUAGACAGUGAGCGUUCCCCGCGCCUCUGUCGGGGCAAGUAGAGCGCUUGGCGCCAACCUCAUUCUCGAGCCCGUUUGCUGGGAACUUUUGGGGCGUGAAAUGAGCCCUGCGUUUCCCUGACCGGAGGAAGGCGUGCUUGAGCGGCCCGAGGGAAAACCUCUCCGAGAGCUGCGCUCAUUUGCUCCGUUGGCUCCGCGGGGGAAAGGAGGAAGGCGUCACGCUGACUGAGUUGUCUUACCACCGCUCGCCCUGCCAAGAGUGGGGGCCCCUUGGCUUCAUUCACCCGGUGCAGGGCAGCAAAAGAGAGAACUCCAAGCUAUUUGCUAGCUGUCUGAAGAGGAUUAUUCCUGUAUUGUUUAGCUCAAUACAUUACUAACAGCUGGAGCCACAACUUCACAAGGUCAAAGCAUAAUUUGUUCUGUUCAGAUUCCUUGAUCUGGAAUCUGGGUUGCUGAACCAAAUAAAUUAUUGUUUGCCAGUGCUGUGUUAAGCACUAUCUGGUUUUCCCUUAUUCCUGGACUUGGAGUUGCUUUCAUCUCUUAUUUCCAUUUGCCUUCAGACAUCAAAGCACAGAAACAGCCAUGGGCUGUUUCUGUGCGGUCCCAGAGGAAUUCUAUUGUGAGGUUCUGCUUCUGGAUGAAUCCAAAUUGACCUUAACAACCCAGCAGCAGGGGAUAAAGAAGUCAACGAAAGGGUCCGUUGUCCUAGGCUACGUAUUCCGGCAUUUAAACCUUGUGGAGAUAGAUUACUUUGGACUCCGUUACUGUGACAGAAGUCACCAGACGCACUGGCUGGAUCCUGCAAAGACUCUUGCAGAACAUAAGGAACUCAUAAACACUGGUCCACCAUAUACUCUGUAUUUUGGAGUUAAAUUUUAUGCAGAGGAUCCUUGCAAACUAAAUGAAGAAAUUACCAGGUAUCAGGUAUUUUUACAAGUGAAACAAGAUCUCUUGCAAGGCCGCUUGCCUUGUCCUUUCAACACUGCUGCUCAGCUUGGAGCUUAUGCAAUACAAUCUGAACUUGGAGAUUAUGACCCAUACAAGCGCACUGCUGGCUAUGUAUCAGAAUACCGCUUUGUUCCAGACCAGAAAGAAGAAUUAGAAGAUGCCAUAGAAUGUAUACACAAAACUCUGGUGGGCCAAGUUCCUGCUGAAGCAGAAAUGAAUUACUUAAGAGUGGCAAAAACGCUUGAAAUGUAUGGAGUUGAUCUUCAUCCUGUCUACGGUGAAAACAAAUCUGAAUAUUUUCUAGGAUUAACCCCUGUUGGAGUGGUUGUCUAUAAGAAUAAAAAACAAGUUGGGAAAUAUUUCUGGCCUAGAAUUACAAAGGUCCACUUCAAGGAAACUCAGUUUGAACUCAGAGUCCUAGGAAAAGAUUGUAAUGAAACCUCCUUCUUUUUUGAAGCACACAGCAAAACAGCAUGCAAAAAUUUAUGGAAGUGCUGUGUAGAACACCAUACAUUCUUCAGAAUGCCUGAAAAUGUGUCUAAUUCUGUAUCAAGAAAACUUGGCAAGCUUGGAUCCCUUGGUUAUAAGCAUCGGUAUAGAAAAGCCGUCUUGACUGAAAUUCAGGAGAAGACUGGCCAUUGCAUUGAACUUAAUGGGAGGACAGCUUUGCAAAUGAACAGAGAUAUGUCCAUUCAGCUUCCUCGACCUGACCAAACGGUUGAAAGAAGCCGCAGCAAGACUUAUCCAAAAAGAAUGGCAAAAACACAACAGACUGGAUCACAUUGUACAAACCAGGUUGUUACACACAAGGAGACUGGAGAAAAUGAACAAACUACUAGAAUUAUUGCCCCCUCGCCAAUAAAAAGUUUUAAAAAAUCAAGAAAUGAAAGCAGUCCAGAAACCCAAAGAAGUAAACCUAAUGCACCAUGGGAAGAAAACUGCUCUCAGAGUGGACUCUAUAAUUCUCCCAGUGACCGUAACAGAUCACCAAAGUUUCCCUAUUCACGACGACGGCAACUUUCAGGUGGGAGUGAAAAUGAACCUGGUCAGCUGCUCAGAAGGAGAUCACGAUCCCGUUGUAAUACCAGCAGUGGUAGUGAAUCAGAAAAUUCUAACAGAGAACAUCGGAAGAAGAGAAACAGGUUGCGGCAGGAAAAUGAGAUGGUUGAUUCAGCUCCACAGUGGGAAGCAGUGCUAAGGAGACAGAAAGAGAAAAACCAAUCUGACCCUAACUAUCGGCGAUCCAGGCACAGAUCUCGUUCGAGAAGUCCAGAUGUGCAAGCAAAGGAAGAAUUAUGGAAACACAUUCAAAAGGAACUCGUGGAUCCAUCUGGCCUCUCUGAGGAACAAUUAAGAGAGAUUCCUUACACCAAAAUAGAGACUCAAGGUGACCCUGUUCGCAUUAGGCACUCUCAUUCUCCUCGGAGCUAUCGUCAGUCUCGACGGUCCCAGUGUUCUGAUGGAGAGAGAUCUGUUCUUUCAGAAGUGAACUCUAAAAUGGACCUUGUGCCUCCAUUACCUGUAACUCGCUCUUCAGAUGCUCAGUACUCCACCAUCACAGUAUCACACCAGAAGAGAAAUGGGUCUAAAGACAGCAUGAUAGAAGACACGACACACACAUCCAUUAACAACCUGGAUGGAAAGCAUAGCACAAAGACAAUAAAAACUGUACAAGCAUCACAGCUGAAGAUGGAGACCUGAUUCCAAUGAGUGCUGAAUGGAUGCCCUCUGAAGGAAUUUGUGAAUGACACAAAAGUCCAAAUACACUUUUGCCAGAAGAUAUGAAUCAUGAAAGAACAUUUGAACUGCUGCUUCAUUCCUCUGGAGCACACACUUUUUUUCUCCUUCAGCAUUCCCAUCAAAAGCAGUGAACGAAAAUUCAGCUGCUGACAUGUUAGCAGUCCUUGUAGGAAAAGCCUGUUUUGAAAAGCUACAGCCACUACAUUUCCUAAACCAGAUCAGAUGAAAGUUUCUUAUGACAGCCUAGUAACUUCAAGAUCAACAGUGUCAAAUACUGAAGGUUUGAUGCUUUUUCUAAAUGUGACAUAGUAAAUGUUUUCUAUGCUGAAUGAGAGCAGUAAAUUCUUAUGUCUGUACUUCCCCUAGCAAUAUACCAUACGCCAGUGUUUAAUCUUUUAUUAGAAUGACAAAAUGAAUUCUUCAUACAAGUAUUGGUUAUGGGGAGUUUUUCCCAACUAUUUUAUAUGCUGAUUUUCAGAUUUAAGCAUCUCUGUAUAUAAUUUGUAAUAGUGACACCACUGCCAAAGCUCCUAGGCAUUUACUUCAAUCUGCAGCUUUGCAUGAGGCAUCUAUUAUAGUUUAGAACAUAGAUUUUUUUUAGGAAAGUGUUUUUAAUGGAUACAUCUGAAGCAAGCAUUGCAUUCUUUGAAACCUUCCCUGGCUCUUGCUGCUUUGUUUUUUAAGCAACCUGCCCCUUAAAAUGUUCCUAUACGUUUUAACUGCUGGGAGUUUAAAUUUCAACAAGUCCAUUAGUGGUGAAAAGGAGACAGUGACCAUUGCAAUGGGACAAUGCAGGAGAGGAGUCCCUACUGAAGCCCCCCCCCCCCCCAGUAAUCAAUUCUGUUUACCAUGCAGCUUAAAGAGAACAGGAUUUAGACCAAAAUGGGAUGUGAGCAAAGCCCUUACAGUCUCAGCUCUCUCACUGUGGGUCUCUGUUCAUUUUUCUGAACAGUUGUGAUGAUUUUUAGUUUAAUUGUUUAAGCUUUGUGUCUGACAACUAACAGUAACAUGACAUGAAGGGGGGAGGAAAUAUUACUUAGAACGGAACCAUCAGAGCAAAACCUCUGUAAGAAAAAUUGUAAAAAUCAGUACAGAAAUACUGUGGAUGUACUUGCAUUUAAUAUGACUUUCCCCAUGAGACAGUGCCAUGGAAAACAUGCUGUUUUCAAGGGUGUUACUAAUGGCAUUUCCCUGUUAGUGUAACGUCUCUGCAAACUCAGCAGCUUGUUUUCCAAUAUGCACAAAAACUAAGCCACAUUUCAUUUUAGAAUUGGUUAGUUAAUAAGAGAACAGUCAAAUCAAAAUUAAGCAUUUCAUAUUUAUUCAGUGAGAAACACUCAAAUAUAUACGUUUACUCAAAUUAUAAACAUUUGGUGAAUUUUUCCAACUGAAAUGAACAGACCACAUGCUGAGGGGGCAGAUCACAACAUUUUCUCAUUACUUUGUACUUUUCUAACUCCGUGACCUCUGUUGGUAUCAUGCUUACCAAUCUUAGCAGUUUACAUAAUUUUGUCUGCAGGAUAUAUGAUAAUUCUAUUGUGAUAUAAAAGUUAAGUGGUUGUUUUUCCCAACUUCUUAUGAGAUCUUGUCAUACAUUCCUUUAAUAUAAUCCAAAAGAUCUUCAGUGUUUUCAUGGACUGUAAAUGUCACCAGAAGAACCUGUAUUGCUAAAAUUGCUUGUUAUUUAGUAAA